CUUUCACUUGAUAGUUUUUGACCGAAGGGACUUUAAAGGCAACGUCUGUUGUAAAACGUAAAGAAAAUUACAACAUACCAAAAUGAUUUCCAGAAUUGCUUUACGGUCGCAAGGAACAAAUGCCUUUUCCCGGCUAUCAAGACAAUUUUCUUCGUCUUCACAGCGCCAAUCAAAGGUAGCUGUGCUUGGAGCUGCUGGUGGAAUUGGACAACCAAUGUCUCUUCUUUUAAAGCAAUCACCUCUGGUCAGUCAUCUUGCACUGUACGAUAUCGUUAACACUCCAGGUGUUGCUGCUGAUUUGAGUCAUAUUUCAACAAAUUCUAAGGUCACCAGCCACCAAGGACCUGAUGAAUUGAAAGGUGCACUUGAAGGAUGUGAUGUGGUUGCUAUUCCUGCAGGUGUUCCCAGAAAACCUGGCAUGACACGUGAUGACUUAUUCAAUACCAAUGCAUCYAUUGUGCAAAAUCUUGCAGAGGCAUGUGCUAAAUAUUGUCCCAAGGCCAUUAUUUGCAUCAUCUCUAAUCCUGUGAAUUCAACAGUCCCAAUUGCCAGYGAAGCUUACAAAAAGGCAGGCGUCUAUGAUCCAUCAAGAAUUCUUGGUGUAACCACUUUGGACAUUGUACGUGCAAAUACAUUUGUAGCUGAAGCAAAGGGGCUGAAUGUAGAUGAAGUCAGUGUACCAGUAAUUGGUGGCCACUCUGGAGUUACYAUCUUACCACUCCUGUCACAGGUUUCUCCCAAAGUAUCUUUCACUCAAGAUGARAUUGAAAAACUCACUGAUCGAAUUCAAAAUGCUGGUACAGAAGUAGUGAAUGCCAAAGCUGGCGCAGGAUCAGCUACCCUUUCAAUGGCUUUUGCUGGSAAUCAAUUUGUUUGCUCUGUAUUAGAGGCCCUCAGUGGCAAAUCAGGUGUUGUACAGUGUGCAUUCAUCAAAUCYGAUGUAACAGACUCUAYGUAUUUUGCCACACCUCUUGAACUUGGGAAAGAUGGUGUUGCAAAGAAUUUGGGAAUGGGAGAAUUGUCUGAUUAUGAGAAGAAAAAGAUGGAAGAGGUACUUCCAGAACUACACAAGAACAUCAAAAAAGGAGAAGCGUUUGUCAACAAAUAAAUUGAAGAGUGCAAAAACAUGAACUGAUAUGAAUACAUGAUUGCCUUCGACUGUUUUUAUAAUAAAUGAAUUAAGCUUUGUUUACAAGUCUGCAUUUCUGUCUAUUAGAUUUCCAAGCAUAUUUAAAAGCUGUGUGAGAAAUGUAGAAUAUAUUAUAUAUAUAUGAAUAAACCGGAUUGUGUCUUGA